UGUUAUAUUAAACACACGAAACGAUGGUUCUCACCGGUCUCCUGACGGAGAUCAUAGUGGCGUUCCUGCUGGCCGGAACUCUGCUCUUCAAGUAUGGAAACGUGUUCCGGCAUCACAUCGCGGUCACCCUCUCCGUGCUGAUAGCCUGGUACUUUUCCCUACUGAUAAUCUUCAUACUACCGUUGGACGUCUCUUGGACCGUAUUCAGACAGUGCGUAGAGCAGAAUAUACACAACAGCACCAAGGAUUCCAAUAACACAACCUCUGCACCGUUUACCACGUGCAAAGAGCCCUGGCCUCACGUACCGGAGAGUGUGUUUCCAAAUCUGUGGAGGAUAGUUUACUGGACGUCGCAAUGCCUGACGUGGUUGAUACUCCCGUUGAUGCAGUCCUACAUAAAAGCCGGAGAUUUCACCGUGCGCGGGAAGUUGAAGUCCGCUUUAAUAGAUAACGCUAUAUAUUACGGCAGUUACCUGUUCAUAUGCGGUAUACUCUUGAUAUACAUUGCGCUGAAGCCUGGCUUGGAGGGCCUCGAUGGGCAAAAAUUGAAAGCCAUAGCGUCAUCUGCGUCCAAUACGUGGGGUUUAUUUUUAUUGGUCUUAUUGCUCGGUUACGCCCUUGUGGAGGUACCUCGAGGAUUGUGGAACAGCAGCAAGCCUGGAUACACUUUAAAUUACAGCUAUUUCAAGGUGGCGAAAUUAAGUUUGGACAAGUGCGAAGCGGAAGAGACGGUGGACGAUAUACUCGAGGCGCUACAAAUUGCAACGAUAUCCAUCGGGCCCGGUCAUCCGUUUCACUACAAUCUGGAAACGAUCUUUCAAAAGAUACCCGCGGAAUUGAAGGACAGAAUGAACAGAAGGCAAUUGCCCGACGACACUCCAACGGACACGCCUACUGAAAAAUCUCUGAUUCGUCUGCACAGACAGACUAUAAAAGCGUUGCAGACGUUGCAGCGCAUAGAAACCCAAUGGGGCAUUUUAGUGGAUAAGAUUUUUGAUUUGGAAGAUGUGCCGAAGAAUCAAAUGAGUCACGACAGAAGAUAUAAACAGUCUUUCCCUAUGCAUCGUUCGCUUGUGUCUCGUAUUAUGUACAAUUCCACUUUCGAAUGGUACUGGAAGUGUGUCGUGAAGGAUUACGUUUUAAAGGCAGCCGCUAUUUGCGCCGGCUGCUUAUCGGUGGCUGUGGUGUGGUCGGAAGUGACGUUCUUCAACAAGUCUCCCGUACUGUCUUUGUUCGCUCAAUUUCUGAAUUUGGCUAAGAGAAAUUACGAUUACUUCACGAUAGAGGCACUGUCCAUGUUGAUCAUCGGGUAUCUUUGCUACUGCGCCUAUUCGACCGUCUUGAAGAUACGGGUGUUGAAUCUCUAUUACUUGGCGCCCCAUCAUCAAACGAACGAGUACAGUCUGAUAUUCAGCGGUAUGAUGCUGUGCCGCUUAACUCCGCCCCUGUGCCUCAAUUUCCUGGGACUUAUUCACAUGGAUUCCCACAUCAUCAAAACUCAUAUCCUGGAAACGCACUACACACAAGUGAUGGGCCAUAUGGACGUUAUCUCGAUAAUAUCCGAUGGAUUCAACGUAUACUUUCCCAUGGCAAUUCUAGCGUUCUGCUUAGCGACCUACUUUAGCCUAGGCAGUAGAUUGCUCUCCAUGCUAGGCUUUCAGCAAUUCCUCGACGACGACGAGUUCACGACGGAUCUCGUGGACGAAGGGAGAGAACUUAUAAAGAGAGAGAGACGUAAACGGCAGAGAGCGGAGGAUUCUAUGUACAGACGACGCGAGAUGCAGGAGAGAUUCAAUAUUGCAGUGAGUACGGGAUCGCGUUACAGAUCGUCUCGACAAAGUACUGACACUGUACGGCCGUUGAAACGGGACGAGUCGGUCGAAUCCGCGAGGGCAGGUCUUUUGCACGAUUUCGAUCCCGCGGAGUAUUACAUCGGCAUGACCUUCAGCGGCGACGGUUAUGGUGCAAAUCGGUGCGACAUGGAGAACCAGGGCGAUAUCGAUACGUUCGAUCCGAGUAACGCGAGGGCGUUCCCGACGAGUACGAGUCGCGUGGGUCCUCCGCCCAGGGGAUUGUUCGACGAUAUUUAAAGAGCGUAACAUUUUUGCAAAUAUAUACGGUUUAGGGGUGAUAGUGUAGAACUCGUCAAUUGGCUUUCAAGGAUUUACACGACGUUUUGUAUCGGGCGCGACACCGAUGUCGGCUCGUCGAUACGAGGCAGUGCAAUGAAUCUUAUUAAACGUGAAAUGAGGCUUUACAUGCCCGUAGAAUUUUGAAUCUGAGCACUAGGUAGGAGCACGAACUAAAAUAAAGUAAUAUCAUUAUGAGACGUAUUUAUAACUUAUUAUAUGUGAAGAAACUGGGCUAAAAGAAUGAAAGUCGCGCAGAUCUUGCUUGAGACAGAAACGCGGUUUUUUUUUCUUAAAAUUGUGACAGCGGAUAGGAUCAGUGAUGAUACAAUGAAUGUUUGUGUUAGUAUUAAUAUGUAUAUUACGUUUAAGGGGCAAAUGUAUAUUUUUAUCUCUCGACUAUUUCUCUUAAGUUUUGUAUAGUUUGACUUAUGUUGAAAUAAUAAAUAAUUUAUAUAUGACUUUUUUAACCAUA